ACCGGUGCUCUGCCCCCCGCCAGUCACCGCCAUGGAGCUCUCGGAGGUGCGGUGCCUGAGCGACAGCGAUGAACUUUACACCAUCAACAGGACUCCCCCCGGCAGCGGCAGACCCCAGCGCCUGCUGUGGCAGACGGCCGUGCGCCACAUCACCGAGCAGCGCUUCAUCCAGGAGCACAGCAGCAGCAGCGGCGGCAGCAGCAGCGGCGGGGGCAAGGGCUUCAGCUCCGACGAGACCUGCUGCCCCAACCACCACCCGCACCCGCCGCACCACCACCACCUCCGGCGGCAGUCGGCCGGACGGGGUUUGGGCAGCGAGCGCCACAACAACGGAGGCACCAAAGUCUUCCCAGAGGGCACAAGCGGCAGCGGAGACUUGGGCUUUCUGCCCCUGGACUGUGCCCCCAGCAACUCCGACUUCUUCCUCAACUGGGGCUAUACGUAUCGCGGGGUGAUCUUCCCCACGCUCCGCAACUCCUUUAAGUCUCGGGACUUAGAGCGCCUUUACCAGCGCUACUUCUUGGGCCAACGGCGCAAAUCUGAGGUGGUCAUGAACAUCCUGGACGUGCUGACCAAGCUGACCCUCCUGUUCCUCCACUUGACCCUGGCCUCUGCUCCCAUGGACCCUAUUAAGGGCAUCCUCUUGGGCUUCUUCACUGGUAUUGAGGUGGUGAUCUGUGCCUUAGUGGUGGUCAGGAAGGACACGACCUCAUACACCUACCUGCAGUACAGCGGUGUUGUCACUUGGGUGGCCAUGGCCACACAAAUUCUGGCGGCAGGACUGGGCUGUGGCCUCCUUGGGGACGGCAUUGGCUAUGUGCUUUUCACGCUUUUUGCGACCUACAGCAUGCUCCCGCUGCCACUCACCUGGGCCAUCCUGGCUGGACUGGUCACCUCUGUCCUGCAGCUCGUCAUGCAGCUGGUCAUCCCAAGGUUUGCCAUGACUUCCCUCAACCAGAUUGCAGCUCAGGCAGUGUUAUUUAUGUGUAUGAACACUGCAGGAAUCUUCAUUAGCUACCUAUCAGACAGAGCACAGCGUCAAGCCUUCCUGGAGACCAGAAGAUGUGUGGAAGCCAGACUGAGACUAGAGACAGAAAACCAGCGACAGGAGCGGCUGGUGCUCUCCGUGUUACCACGGUUUGUAGUCCUGGAAAUGAUAAAUGAUAUGACCAAUGUAGAAGAUGAACAUCUGCAGCACCAGUUCCAUAAGAUCUACAUUCAUCGUUAUGAGAACGUCAGCAUUCUUUUUGCAGAUGUUAAAGGAUUCACCAACCUUUCCACGACUCUGUCAGCCCAGGAGCUGGUCCGAAUGCUGAAUGAACUUUUUGCCAGAUUUGAUCGACUAGCACAUGAGCAUCACUGUCUCAGAAUAAAGAUCCUGGGGGAUUGUUACUACUGUGUGUCGGGGCUCCCAGAACCUCGUCAGGACCAUGCACACUGCUGUGUUGAAAUGGGGCUCAGCAUGAUCAAAACUAUCAGAUAUGUCAGAUCAAGAACAAAGCAUGACAUUGACAUGAGAAUAGGGAUCCAUUCUGGAUCUGUUCUGUGUGGAGUGCUGGGCCUGAGGAAGUGGCAGUUUGAUGUGUGGUCAUGGGACGUGGAUAUUGCAAACAAACUCGAGUCAGGUGGAAUUCCUGGGAGGAUUCACAUCUCCAAAGCCACUCUGGACUGCCUGAAUGGGGAUUACAAAGUUGAGGAAGGGCACGGCAAAGAGCGCAAUGAAUUCCUGAGGAAACACAACAUUGAGACUUAUUUAAUUAAACAACCUGAGGAGAGUCUGUUGACUUUACCUGAAGAUAUUGUGAAAGAGGCUGUCAGCUCCUCUGACAGGAGAAACAGUGGAGCUACGUUUACUGAAGGAUCCUGGAGCCCUGAGCUUCCAUUUGAUAACAUAGUGGGAAAACAAAACACUCUGGCUGCCCUAACAAGAAAUUCAAUAAAUCUGCUUCCAAACCAUCUUGCACAAGCUUUGCAUGUCCAGUCUGGGCCUGAGGAAAUUAACAAGCGAAUAGAGCACACCAUCGACUUACGGAGUGGCGAUAAAUUGAGAAGAGAGCAUAUCAAGCCUUUUUCACUGAUGUUUAAAGACUCCAGCCUGGAGCAUAAGUAUUCUCAAAUGAGGGAUGAAGUAUUCAAAUCAAACUUGGUGUGUGCAUUCAUUGUUCUUGUAUUUAUCACCGCUAUCCAAAGCUUGCUCCCUUCUUCCAGAGUGAUACCAAUGGUCAUUCAGUUUUCUAUCCUGAUUAUGCUGCACUCCGCUCUUGUGCUGAUAACCACGGCAGAGGAUUACAAAUGUUUACCCUUAAUGCUCCGGAAAACUUGCUGCUGGAUUAAUGAGACCUACUUGGCAAGGAAUGUCAUUAUAUUUGCAUCCAUUCUGAUUAAUUUUCUUGGAGCCAUCAUCAAUAUUCUAUGGUGUGAUUUUGACAAACCAAUAGCCCUGAAGAACCAGACCUUCAAUUCCUCAGCUUCUUUUACAGACAUCUGUUCCUGUCCUGAGUAUUUUGUCUUCACUGGUGUGCUGGCAAUGGUGACUUGUGCAGUCUUUCUUCGUCUCAACUCUGUCCUGAAGCUGGCAGUGCUUCUCAUCAUGAUUGCCAUCUACUCUCUGCUGACUGAGACCAUUUAUGCAUCCCUUUUUCUGCAAUAUGACAACUUUAACCACAAUGGAGACACAGACUUCCUGGGUACAAAGGAGGCAUCUUUACUACUGAUGGCAAUGUUCCUUUUAGCUGUAUUUUAUCAUGGUCAACAGCUCGAAUACACAGCAAGGCUGGAUUUUCUGUGGCGUGUUCAAGCAAAAGAAGAGAUCAAUGAAAUGAAGGAGCUAAGGGAGCACAAUGAGAACAUGCUACGGAAUAUCUUACCCAGCCAUGUGGCACGUCACUUCCUGGAGAAGGAUCGGGAUAAUGAAGAAUUAUACUCUCAGUCCUAUGAUGCUGUUGGUGUGAUGUUUGCUUCUAUUCCUGGAUUUGCUGACUUUUAUUCCCAGACUGAGAUGAAUAACCAAGGAGUAGAAUGUCUGCGUUUACUGAAUGAAAUCAUUGCAGACUUUGAUGAGUUACUAGGUGAAGAGAGAUUUCAAGAUAUUGAAAAAAUUAAAACAAUUGGCAGCACAUACAUGGCCGUGUCAGGAUUAUCACCUGAAAAACAGCAAUGUGAAGACAAGUGGGGACAUUUGUGUGCCCUGGCCGACUUCUCCAUAGCUUUGAACGAAAGCAUACAGGAGAUCAACAAGCAUUCCUUCAACAACUUUGAACUCCGUAUUGGGAUUAGCCAUGGCUCUGUCGUAGCAGGAGUUAUCGGUGCUAAGAAACCCCAGUAUGAUAUCUGGGGCAAAACAGUGAAUUUGGCGAGUCGAAUGGACAGCACAGGUGUUAGUGACAGAAUACAAGUGCCUGAAGAAACGUAUCUGAUCCUGAAGGACCGGGGAUUUGCCUUCGACUACCGGGGAGAAAUUUAUGUCAAAGGUAUCAGCGAACAGGAAGGAAAAAUCAAAACAUAUUUUCUUCUAGGAAGAGUUCAACCAAAUCCGCUAAUCUUACAACCAAGAAAACUGACUGGACAGUAUUCAUUAGCAGCUGUUGUAUUAGGACUUGUACAGUCUCUUAACAGGCAAAAACAGAAACAAAUUCUUAAUGAGAACAAUAACUCUGGAAUCAUAAAAGGACAUUACAACCGGAGGACUUUGCUCACUCCCGGUGGAUCUGAGGCAGCAGCUCAAGCAGAAGGGGCUGACAAAACUGAAUUGCCAUAAUCAGCAUUGUUUGUGGGGUUGUUUUUUGUAUUUCUUUUAUAUAUAAAAAUAAAUAUACAAAUAAAAAGGGUUUAAUUUUUUUUAGAUGGAGUGUGAUUUUUUUUUUACUUGUGUGGUAUUUCAAUGAGAUUUAAAUUCCUAUAUCUUAACAAAUGGUGCCAGCACCUCCACAUGACCAGCUGUGGUUAACAUCUGAAUGUGCAGACACAGUAGGUGUAGGCCACCACUCUGCUGUGUCAUCUACCUGCAGAAAGGGGCAAAAAUAAAGCCCUGACGAGGAAUUUAUAACAUGAAUUGUGCAGGGAGUUAAUGAUGGCAAGAGGAGGAAAUACUGUCCACAUUUUUCAGAUGAAAGCAAAACAAAAGGAGAUUAAGUUCUUCUCACCUUUAAUUGCCUUCAAGUAGAUUUAUACAACCUAAGGAAGUUGCCUUGUUCCCAUAACUACAGGGAAAACAUUUCCAAUACAGCUAAGGGUUUUAAGGUGUGUCAUCCGCCCAGGUAUGAGGGUCUGGAAGACAGAAGAGAUUAAUCUUGUCCUAAAGUCAGUUAUUCCAUUGAGUUCACUCUUAAAAUAGACUGAGGUGUCCUCCUCACAAAUGAGGAUAAAUUGAAUAAUGCACAUAAAUUGAAUCUUGGUGUCUUGCACCCAAGGCAGGAAGUCAAGGCUUUCCUGUGGGCACAGUGUCGUAUCUAUCAGUCCUGUUUGGAGGGCUCAAACACAGUGUGGUGUCUUGACUGGCACACAGACAAACAGACAACAAAGUUACACCUUGAAUGAUGUCUGGAGCCUGCAGCUGAAUCAAUUAUACAGUCAAGAAACUAAUCAGAAUCUCUGGUGUUGUUUUCCAGAGCUUAGCUCUUAACCCUGCCACCAGUCUGAGUUGUCACCAAAACAAGUGUUUUCUAAGGCUGUAAAAUGAGUGCAUGUUGAAGUACAGCAAGAGACAAAACUCACUGCUAAGCUCCCACUCACUUGCCCCAAGAUGAGGGGAAACCAAGACUAAGAAUACCCUAAAUUAUUUACAAGCCCUGUUUCAAAAUGAGGUCAAUCUUUUAGGGACUGGCUAAUCCACUUCACCUUGGAAAGAGUAAAUACGUAUCCCAGGUUUGUAAAUGCACUCCUGCCAUGAUUCACACCCAGCUGCAAAGCGCAUGAACAAACCUCUCAUCAAGUCUGUUCUCAAAGGAGCUGGGUUUGUUUCAGUAAAUACUGUCUUUAAAGUAAACCACAGAUGGGAGAGCAGAACCUGUAAUCACACAGCAAUCCCCAGAGGAACCACACUCA